AUGGCUGCCCUCAUGCGUGAUAGAGACUGUAACCAAGAAGGCUCUGACGCUUCCACACUCGCCCUGAAGAACAAGACCGCCCUUGGUGGCUGGAACAGUUUCAGCAAUACCGAUGAGGCCAAAGCUGCCGCUGGUGAAAAGCUUUCCGACUUGGGUGGCGGUAACACACACCGUCCUGCAAUGCAGGCAAAGCUCAGAGAAGAGGGCAUCACCAGUCUCGAGGACACUGCAAUCGAUUACCGCACGAAUAGCAUCCCACCUCGCUCUAGAGGCCGAGGCGGUGCUGCUGGCGCUGCUGCUAACGAUCGUGGCUACUUCCGCGGAGCACGCGGCGGAGGCUUUGCUGGCCGAGGCGUGGGCCGAACUGAAUCCCAGGGAGCACGCCUUGACCCUGCCCUCGAGUCCAACCACACCUAUACCAAGGUUGGCAAGAUCAAGUCGAAGCUCUCCGAAAUCGCCAUGGUCGACGGCAAAGUCACCAUGAAGCCAGCUGAGCAAGGCCAUGGCUCAAAGAAGAAUAAGAAGAAGUCGGGCAGGUACUCUUCACCUCGUUUGGAUCGUCCACCACUCCCGGACUUUAUCUCGCAUUCUCCUGGAGUACAACUUGCUGGAGACCUAGUCUUUGAAGCUGCCAUGCAAGCCAUGUUGAAGAAGAACAUUGAGGAAGGCAAGCACGUACUACCAAUUGACCAGCUUGAGAAAGAGACCAGCACUUUCUCCAGAGCUGGCGCACCCACCCAAGAAGCAGUAACCACUCCACCCGUAUCCCCACUUUUGGAGUCCAGCCCCAAGGUGCAGCCACCUCAACCUCGACCUCGCGUCCACCACAUCAAGCGUGCCGAGCUUGGUAGUGGAGCAGGAUCUCCAGAUGCAUUUACCGAUGGAAACGCGACCACUUCUUCUCUGUCAGGUUUCUCGCCGUCGCUCAACAAUGGAGAGGGUCAGGCCACGGCUGCCACCUCUCUGGUCGGUCUUGGUAUUCGCGAUCUCCACAUCAGCAAUAGCGAGGACGCUGUCACCAGGUCAGAUGAUUCAUUCGAGGAGUACAAAGCCGCCGAGUCUUUUUUCAGAAGCGCCCGCCCAGGCCAGGACUUCGCACUGUGGCUUAAGCAGAAUGUGAAGGAUGGUCUGAAGCCGAGAUCGGAAGACAUGGUCAAGCAAGAUGCCACUGCCGUCAACAUUACCCGAGGCUACACCAUUGGUGUUUCCCAGCUGCGAAGCAUCAUUGGGGAUAAAAAGAACCUCAUUGCCGACACGAAGUCGACACAAACUACUCCUGGCCUCCGGCAGUCUAGAUGGGCCUCUCAUGAAGGCAACAACUCCGAUGUUGCACAAACAAACUCUCGGCCUUUUAAGACUUCGGGCUCGCGCGAGAAGCUCUCUUCAGCGCUGCUCACAUCCGAGAAGACGAAGCUGGAAACUAUCGAGGAAGUCUCGAGCCCUGAGCGUGCAAGCACGGCCGAUGUAUCUAUCCUCCUUGUCCCUGCUAAGCCGAGCGAGAACAACAUGGCUACUCCUGCCCCUGUCAGUGAUAUGGUGGUGUCUGCCCAGGCGCCAUCAAAGGAUCAGGUUGUGAAGCAGCAGCUCGAGCCUAACAAAGCUUUCGAAAAGGCUGCUUGCGAGCCCAUGCAGACGCUGCUUCCCGAGACCAAGGCUAUCAAGCCAGAAUCCAAGCUCAAGCACAACAGCCCUGUCGCUAUCAGAGAGCAAAUCGUCAAGCCUUACAACAAGAUAUCUCGUGAUCAUCUGCUGGUACUCGCUGCCCAAUCCAAUGAUCCUUCUCGCUGGAAAGGUUCCAUGCCCGCUGUCACGAGCGAGACUCAAUCUGCCAAGCUGACGCAGUCCGCUAAGCCCGACCUGAAGCCGACCGUGCCUUCCAGCAAGCGCAGCCUCUCUGCUUCCAAGUGGUCAAACGACGUUUCGAUCGACACUCAUGGUGCCGGUGCACCUCUACAGACUCUACCAUCUAAUAAGGCUUCGCCUGAUAAGCGUGCUUCGCUACUGGGUGACUCCAAAAACCUGCAACGCUCAGCCAAGGCUGGCCUCAGCUCUACUCCGAGAGGACUUGCGGGUUCAAUCUAUCGGUCUGACAACACGCAGAGUCUUCCCAAGCCAGCUCCAAUCAAAACUACUGCGUCCAAAGAAGCGGCUCUCGACACUAGACCAAAGGACCCCAUCAUCUCUUCUCCCACAAUGUCUUCCACCACCUCCAUCAUCGGCGAUUCCAAGAACAUCCAGAAGUCUCCCCUGUUGAAGUCUACCAGCAGUCGCCACGCUCGCGAUCCGGCGAACAAAGCCGCCACGGCUCUGGAGCAGAACCAGACUCGCAUCAAGCGCACCAGCGCCGGCCCCGGCUACGAGCGACUGAUGAAGGGGAAGGCGCAGAACCGCUCGCAAACCGUCGACGAAGGUGACGAAGUCCUGCGCAAGGCUCACGAGCAUGUUGCGAGGUACAACAAGAGCGGAAACUUCGGCUUGUAA